GACCUGGCGGGAGACUGGGGACCGCGCGCUCCUGUCCCAGCCUGUCUCUCUCUUCCUCUGGGGAUGAGGGUGGCCGGGAGGAACAAUAGCUUCCCUCGCCCCUUCUUCCUGCCUCAGGGAGAGCGGCGGGAGAAAGAAAGAGCGAGGCGAGCGGAAUUCUUGAAUGGACGGACCGAUGCUACGUCACCGUCACCGGGCCGCACCCCCGCGCCACGGGAGGCUGGGAGCCGCGAGAGAGGCAGUCGGGCGGGCGGCAGGGGCCGCCGAGCCGCCUCUCCUCCUCCCAGAAGCCGGGGCUGGGCGUCCGGAAGCAGCGGCCUCGGUCCGGUGUCACCGUCAUCGUGGGCGACCACCUUGGCUUUUAGGCUUCUCACCUGGGGCGGGUGGGUGCUCGUCACCCUCCCGCCCGCUUUCCUCCACUCCUGGGCCAGAGCCGCGUCCAGCACCACGGACAGCUCCCGGGCGAUCCCAAGAGAGUGGAAGAGUCAUGCCCAAGGUCACUCAGCUGGGUGGUGGAAAUGCCAAGAGGCAGCCUCCUCAAGUCCAGCCCGGCCCUGCCCACUGUGUCUGAUGUGUCCUGUAGGAACCUCCCUGCCUGACUCGCCCUGGCGGUCUGGCUUCCCUCGUCUCUCGGCCCUUGUGAAGCUACACCCUGGAGACCACCCACGGCCCCGCCAAGGGCCCACCGCCCACCCCCACCUCAGGCCAGGAGACCUCUGCAGCGCAGUCCCCGCUGGCCCCGGUCCUGCCUCCUCCUGUGGCCUUUGGCCCUCCUGUUACGUCCUCGCUCAUGCGUCCUGGGUUCUGCUCAUUCAGUCUUCCAGGUCUUCAUUUCCCGCAUCUCGUUGUUCUCCAGAGGGAGCGCUAGCCGGACAUCGUGACGCUCCGGCGAAUGGGCCCAAAGGGGUCCCUCCAAGCCCUGCCGCCCAGCCCAGGACUCUCUCAAGUCCCCGAUGAUCUUAUGCUCCUCAGCAUUGUCAGGAGAAGCACCACGAUCUUGCUUAUUCUGCCUUGCAAGGUCCUUCCCAGUGUCUAACUGAGACCUGUUCUGCUGAAGUACCAGUUCUCUGACCCUGGGCUUGACAUGGCUAGAUGGAGAGGUGCUGAGGCUCCUAGGUCUCCCCCACCCCAGGAAGGAAGGGGCUGACCUCGAUUCCACACCCACUUGCUCACGCGAGCCCUCUCGCAGCCGUCUCCUCUGUCAAUCUGCUGCCAGGCCCGGAGUGGUUCUGUCCCCCGCUUGGCAAAGCUGCAGUCAGGGCCCCACGAAGGAUGUGUGGGUCACCCCGCGUCACGGGGCUGACCGAAAAGAAGGACGUAUUGCACUCAGCUGGCAUGGGUUCCCUCUGAGAAGCCCUCCUGGAUUGAUCGAAGUGGCAAGACCCCAGCUCCAGCCUGGGCUGCCCGUUACACCCGGAGCCACCCGGGAGAGGACUUCGUCCCACCCUUGCUCCCGUGGCCACCGCUGUCCACCCUGGUCCAGCCCAGUUCCUGUGGCGUCCGAGCUGAGAGUCCUCUGAGAUGGCGGUCCCGUCUCAGAUCUAAUAAAGACUCCUGAAUGUUGAA